UAUCCGCCCGCAGCCUGUCGUGCUUCCUGCCUUUGCGAGGGAGGGGACGGUGCUGACGGCUGGGAGGACGAAAGGAAAGACAAGAAAGCAUUUAGGAAGAUAAAGAUAGGAGUGGGGGGAACGGCCCAGGGUUUCCACCGUCCGUCGGGAAAUAAACACCACACUUUUUUCUGUAGCUGCUGGAUUUGUCACCGAAAUCGGCUCUGAAAAAUGUCUGCCAGUCGUCAGCUUAGCGAGAGCAGGGCCAUCCCGACCAAGACGGUGUUGAUCAACGACACAACGCAGCUACCUCAUGAUUAUUGCACCACCCCCGGAGGCACUUUAUUCUCUACCACUCCCGGAGGAACCCGGAUCAUCUAUGACCGUAAGUUCCUACUGGACCGGCGCAAUUCCCCCAUUGCCCAGACUCCUCCAGCUCACCUGCCUGUCAUCCCUGGAGUGACCAGCCAAAAUGUCCUGAGAGAGAACCAGAAGAAUGAAGCCAACAACCACAUCAACAACCAUGAUGGCAAGCCCACAAACGGUGACGAUGCUCAGUUUGAAAUGGACAUCUAACAUACUGGAACCACACCAGCAAAAGCAAAUGACCUGGCAUCACACGUGCCAGUGGCUUGGCUUGUAGAAACCAAUGUUGUGAGCCCUCAUGGCAGCCAUCUUCUUUAGCUCUCUGUCUCGCUGCUGGAUGUAAAUGUGUGUGAAACCAUGGGGAUUCAGUGUAUCAUACAUACAGGUACAGUGUGGCCAAUUCUGGAAACUAGGUUUAUUUUGUAUAGAUUGCCAUGUUUACCAGUCGCUGUACAAAUCAACAACCGCACAGCGAGGGUGCAGGCCUAAAUGUUAUGUACCCAGACACAUUGUCCAGUUAAUAGAUUGCAGUGCUCGUACGGCUUUCUGUGAGUCAGGAUCUUUACCUUACCGAGCACACUCUACAACUGAUCAUAUUUAAAGUCAAUUGGGGGGGGGAGUGGUAAUUAUUAGUGCUGGCCUUAGAAUCACUCAAAAGCUUUGAUAUUCAUCACAGUCUUUGGUUUGAAGACCCUUUGUUAAGCAUGUUAUUUAAGUGAUUUUUCUUUUCUUUUUUGGUACUACUUGAAAAACUCCACAAUCUGUUAUCGGUUGUUUGGUCUGUUUUAGUUUCCCAUGGUGGUAUGUUAAAGGGAUGCUGUGUUCUUUAUUUUUGCCAUGCCAUUCCAAGAUUUUAGUUUCCAUUACCAACACAAGCCUGUGUGCAUUUCCAAUUUUCAGGGGAAAACUUUUUUUUUUUUAAUGAAACUUUAGGCCGUGAUGUAAUUGUUUUAUAAUAAUUAAAUGAUUGUAUUUCCCACUAUUAUGUAAAGCUAAUUAUAAAUCCGGCAAUUAAAAACAAGCUUUUCAUUUAGAGCUAAAUGUCACUAUAGUAUAACGAUAUGAAGCCACUCAAUUCAUCACUGUUGUGACCUUGCUAUGAAUCUGUUUGCACAUUUCUCUCCUGCCAAGACAAGUUAAGACACUUUUUUCCUCCAGAUCAGAUUGUUACUUUAACUGGUUUGUUUGUUCUGGCAAGAGUUUUGUGUCCAUAAUUUGAUAAAGAAAGGAGGUCAUACGAACAUCCGUCAGGCCCUGGACAACUGAGAACCUUCACAGUGUUUUUAAAUAUCCAGAAACAUUUAGAUUACGGUAAAAAACGGUUAAUAUCCCAGUUGUUAGAUUUUGGGUAAACUACAAGAAGACUUUUGAAAAACUUGAAAUAAUCCAGAUGUUUUAUAUGCAUUUUAUUUUUUAAUACAGUUUCUUAGUAUUGUGGGUAUUUGUUUGGGUAUAAGCACUGUCAAGCCUUCAGAUUUGUUAAGUGUCAAGGAACCAGAAGACAUUGUUUGCAUCAGGCUUGAUAGAUGCUUUCCUUUUAAUCUACAAAUCUGUCCCUAGUGUCCUUAAUCCGCUUGACAUUACCUUAUUCGUUUCAUGUGUCAUGUCUGCCCAUGCCUUACGUCACAUCAAAUGCAGUAAGUAAAACUGGAUUCCUUGUCAUCAAUUUGUACUUUCCAACAGAUGUUUAUUUUUUCACUGUAACAUUGAACAGGUGACAUUGUACUUAGCAGUUGAGCUAAACAAGAACUUUUUAUGGGUUUUUUUCUACAUAAUUUCUUCCUCAAGCAGCUGUGAAGUUUGAAAGUGUGACGGCGUACAUGUCAUUUUGGGAUCCUGAAGUUCAGAUGGCGAUGUGGUGAAAACAAUAUCACGUUCUCAUUUGGUUCCAAUAAUAUUUAGGUUGUUUUUGUUUUUUUUGUUACACCACGAUCCGUCCUCUCUGCUAAUUACACUUGGUCCAAGUAGCAGCUCUGAACUUGGCAAAUGAAUCAACAUGAAAUUCCUGAUUUUUUAAUUCAAAAUUCAUGCAUAUUAUGAGUUUGUUUCUCUGUGUGACUGGAACCACUGAAUGGCUGAAAUGAUGUCUAUCAAAGAUUUUAUUUUUUUCUUUUUGGCUUUGUAAUUCAUUCUGCCCGUGUUUGGUGACGAACACAUCGAGGGGUUUUUGCUGGAACCCAAUUUUCAUUGCACAUUUUACAAAACUCUUUAUAUUAUGGCAUCAUAUUCCAGAUUGCAGAUUUAUUUCAAAUCGAUUUGGUUUGACAAUGAGGGCUUAACAUUGUGUGUCGAAAGAGAUUUGAAACAAACAUACUGUAACUUUCUGUUCUGAUUUUAAAUAACUUUAUUUUAAAUGAAACUCCAAUGCCAGUGGACACUGUUGCUGCAAGAUCAAUAAAGUUCCGUAACAAAGAAAA